AUGCUCCCUGCCCCCUGCAAACUCCCCAGUGCCCCCGUGGGGCUGAGUCUGUGGGCCCAUUCGGCCAAGCUGGAUUCUGUGUACCGAGUACACAGGCAUGACCGGGAUCCUGUGUACCGAGUACAUGACCCUGGUGUGUACCAAUGGGGUGGCAUCAGCAUGACCUUUGUAACAGGCGAGAAUGAUGCCGCUUGCGUUAGGACUCCUGAAAAGCAAUGGGAAAAUGACACCCGGCUGGUGACAGAGUUUGUGCUGGUGGGUUUCUCUAACCUGCCAGACCUGAGGACCACCCUCUUCACGCUGUUCUUCCUCACGUACCUGGUCACCCUCAGUGGUAACGUCACCAUCAUCACCAUCAUCCAUGUAGAUCGGACCCUUCACACGCCCAUGUACUGCUUCCUGGCUGCGCUGUCCCUCUCGGAGACCUGCUACACACUGGUCAUCAUCCCCAAUAUGCUGGCUCAUCUGCUCAUGGAGAGCCAGGCCAUCUCCAUUGCUGGCUGUCGGGCUCAGAUGUUCUUUUUCUUGGGCUUAGGUUGCAGCCACUGCUUCCUCCUGACCCUGAUGGGCUACGACCGAUAUGUAGCUAUCUGCUACCCGCUGCGAUACUUGGUUAUCAUGAGACCUACAGUCUGCUUCUGCCUGGGGGCCCUAGUGUUCUGUUCCGGGUUCUCGGUGGCUGUGAUAGAGACCACCAUGAUAUUCUCCUCCGCCUUCUGCGGCAGAGACCGUGUAGAGCACUUCUUCUGCGACAUCGCCCCGGUCCUGAAGCUCAGCUGCUCUGAGAGUGCUGGCAAAGCUCUGGUCAUUUUCUUCCUGAGCAUCCUCGUGGUACUGGUCUCCUUUCUCCUCAUCCUCCUCUCCUAUGCCUUCAUCGUGGCUGCCAUUCUGAAGAUCCCUUCGGCAGCUGGCCGGCGCAAGGCCUUUUCCACUUGCGCGGCCCACCUCACCGUGGUCAUUGUGCAUUUUGGCUGCGCCUCCAUCAUCUACCUGAGGCCCCGGUCUGGAGGGAACCCUGACGAGGACCGCCUGGUGGCUGUCUUCUACACGGUGGUGACGCCGCUGCUAAACCCCGUGGUGUACACUCUGCGCAACAGGGAGGUGAGGGUGGCUCUCAGAAGGACCCUGGCGCGAAGCUGCCGGUUUUUAAAUAAACACUAG